UAUUGGCUGUAAUGCUGGUCACCUUGUCAGGUGACAUUUAAAUAUUCAUUGCACGGGUUUUAACUGACCGCUGUUAGCACAGAAUAUUCUAAAGCCAUUCGAAGGCUCUUUUUAGUGCAUAUAACACGUCUUUUUUCACUCUCUAUUUCCACGUAAUAUGGGCGAUUCGGGCGAUGAACUGACUUUGGACACAGAUAAAUUACCGAAAGACAGCACAGGAGGGAACUCUUCAUUGGAAAUCUCGGACAUUGUUAAACUCUUCACGGGAGUAAUACAGUCUCAAUUCAAAACUUUCUCGGGACAGUUAAAAGCGGAGCAGUCCGAGUCCAUCUCGAAGAAACUCAAGGAGAAUUCUCUUCAUAAGAUAAAGUCUGAAGGCAACCGAAUUCAGUUUGAAUUUAACGCCGAAUUAUUAGAGGGUUUAGAGAAGCUAGAGUCGAGAGCCUUUGAUUUAAAAGAUUCUGAAUCAUUGAAAAUCAUUUCUGACUUGUGUAAAAAAUUGAAAACGCGUCAAAAGCAUAUACGCAUAGCUGAUUCAUCUCCCGCGGGCUGGAAAACUGUCAACGAAUACCAGUGUAAUGAAAUCGCAGACAACUCCGAUGAUGAAAAGAAGAUACGCAGUGCCGAAAACAGGGCCCUCAGACAUCAGAAGCAGAACAAGAGAUUUCAGCCUUACGGGACACAGAAAACGCCACCAGCGGCAGCUGCGGGAUCUCCGGCUCAGCUGGCCCUUUCUGGGGUUUCUAGUACUUUUCAGCCCUUUCCUGCCUUUCAACAGCAGCAACAACAGCCAUUUCUCUAUGGCCAAAGCAGAAACAAGCAGUCAAGGAGACAGCCUAUGCCCUACGACGUUUGCUUCGGUUGUUUCGGAACAGGGCACUGGAAAUCCAACUGCCCAAAGGGAAAGACCAAUCAAAGUCAAUGAUAAGUAUACAGUGCCUACAAGACGUUUGGACGAUACAGUGGCUUCUUUGCAGAAACUAGUGAAGAGUUUUCCUAAAGUG